AUGGCUGGGACAUGCUUCUUCCUUAUCCUUCUUUCUCUGGCACUAUUUUCUCCUUUGGCAGUUUCAUCAGCAUCCUAUACUGAUUUGAGCGCAGGCUCAUCUCUUUCAGUGGAAAACCCAGCUGAUACCUUGACUUCAUCAAAUGGCAUGUUUUCAGCUGGUUUUUUUCAAGUGGGUGAAAAUGCAUAUUCCUUUGCAAUAUGGUUCACAGAGCCAUCCCCAACUCACAACCUCACUGUGGUUUGGAUGUCGAACCGUGACCAGCCGGUCAACGGUAGGGGCUCCAAGCUCAUCUUGCAAAAGGAUGGUAAUCUUAUUCUAACAGAUGCUGGCAAAUCCACCAUCUGGUCUUCCAACACUGUUUCCAAUUCAUUCACCAAAUUAAUUCUGCAUGACAAUGGCAAUCUUGUCCUCCUCACUCUGCAAGGUCUUGCGUUGUGGGAAAGCUUUGCUUCACCAACAAACACCCUUUUACCUCAACAACCACUCACCAGAAACACAAAGCUUAUCUCUUCAAGAAGCCUCACCAACUAUUCCUCUGGCUUCUACUCUUUUUAUUUCGACAAUGACAACACUCUCCGCAUUCUCUACAGUGGCCCAGAGCUUUCGAGCAUUUACUGGCCUGACCCUUGGCGUACAAGCUGGGAAGCUGGGAGGUCCACAUACAACAACUCUAGAAUUGCCAUGUUUGAUCAUUUGGGCAGUCUAAGUGCAUCAGACAAUUUUAGCAUUUCGUCCGUGGAUUAUGGUGCAAAGUUGCAGAGAAUACUAAAGAUGGAUGCUGAUGGUAAUGUCCGAUUAUACAGCCGAACACAGCAAGGAGCUACAUGGGUUGUUUCAUGGCAAGCCAUUUCUGUAACAUGCAAAAUUCAUGGAAUUUGCGGGGCUAAUAGUUGGUGCAGCCAUGUCCCUAGUUUUGGUAGGAAAUGCUCAUGUCUCCCAGGAUAUGAGAUGAGGAACAAAGUUGAUUGGUCUUAUGGGUGUCAACCUCAACCUGCAGGUGAUCAUUUCAACCUGUCCUGGUCGUGUACUGGUACUAGUACCGCUGCUCGGUAUGUGUUCGGUUUUAUGCAUCUUCCUCAUGUCGAAUUCUAUGGCUAUGAUUACGGGUUCUAUUCAAACUACACCUUAGAAAGGUGCAAAGUUUUGUGCUUGGAAUUGUGCAACUGCGCAGGGUUCCAAUACAAAUAUGCCCCCUGGGAUGGUAUUCAUAAUUGUUUCCCUAAGGUUCAAUUGGAAAAUGGACGCCGCACGCCUGGUUUUGAUGGAGACCUCUACUUGAAACUACCCAAAUCCAUCCUUUCCUCCUAUAAUGCUUCAGCUGAAGAAUCCAAUUAUGCGUGCUCAGACAAACUCACAAGACCACUUGACAGAACGUACGAAAAAAGUGGUCCAAAUGGUUCUGUCAAGUUUAUGCUUAAAUUGGCAUCUGGGCUGGGAGGAGCUGAGAUUGUUUGUGUCUUUCUUGUUUGGUAUUUUGUGAGUAGAAGAACUGGCCGAGAGCGAGAAGAUUCAGAAGUGGUUAUGCACGGAUACCUUCAUGCUGCAACUGGAUUUAGAAGAUUUAGUUACUCGGAAUUGAAAAAGGCCACACGAGGUUUCAUAGAAGUGAUUGGAAGAGGUGGGGGAGGAACUGUAUACAAAGGCUUAUUAUCUGAUCAAAGAGUUGCAGCAAUCAAACAACUGAAUGGUGCUAACCAGGGGGAAGCCGAGUUCCUGGCAGAAGUGAGCCUCAUAGGGAAGUUGUACCACAUGAAUUUGAUAGAGAUGUGGGGAUAUUGUGUGGAAGGAAAGCAUCGGCUCUUGGUGUAUGAGUAUAUGGAGCAUGGUUCCUUGGCAGAAAAGUUAUCUUCCAAUGGGCUUGAUUGGAAGCAAAAGUUUGAAAUUGCUGUGGGGACAGCGAAAGGUCUGGCUUAUUUACAUGAAGAAUGCUUGGAAUGGGUUUUGCACUGUGAUAUAAAGCCUCAGAACAUACUUCUACACUCUAAUUAUAAUCCGAAGGUUGCAGAUUUUGGACUUUCCAAGCUACUAAACAGAGGUGAGCAGAGCAAUUUCAGCUUUUCAAGGGUCAGGGGAACCAGAGGUUACGUGGCGCCAGAGUGGGUUCAGAAUAUACGCAUCACUUCCAAAGCAGAUGUUUACAGCUAUGGAAUUGUGGUGUUGGAGAUGCUGACUGGAAAGAGCCCAGCAGAAAGUGUUCAAGCAAUAGAAGGUGGAGAGGAGACGCAUGAAAAGAUGAUGGUUACAUGGGUGAGGGAGAAGAUGAACGGAGCAUUUGCAAAUGCAGAGAGCCAAAAGGGAGAUGAUUAUGAACAGGAUAGACUUGAAAUUCUUGUGAAAGUGGCUCUUCAAUGCUUAGAGGAAGACAAAGAUGCAAGACCCAACAUGAGUCAAGUUGUUGAGAUGCUUCUACAUCAUGAAAACAAUUGA